CUUUACCCAUAAUCCCCCGCGCCGACACAAGAUGGAAGAGGGCAACAGCUGCAGGAGAACAAUGUUUUGGCAGUAAACGCUAACAGAACUGUGUGUUUGGGGUUCAUUUAGACGUUAAAAGUCGGACGUGGACAUGCACGGUGUACCUCAUAUUUUGAGCUGAAUGACCGUUGCCCUCUUGAGGAACCAACCAUGAGUAUUAUUCAGGACAAGUUAGGCAACGAGUUUCUGCGCAACGGCAGCAUGGACCCCAAUUUCCCCCCCAGCAUGAUCAUGUUCAGCCAUUUACCUCCAGUUACCAGCUUCACACGGCUCACGUCGCAGCCGGUGGUGACUGAUUUGCCACAAGAGAUGGUCCUGAAGAAGGAGAGGGAUUCUCCUGAGCAUGGUGGUGGCUUUCUGCACAGCAUGGGCAUAAAGCAGGAGAAGCUCAAUGAGCUUGACUACCGCAUCCCACUGUAUGGGUCAGGUCCAGGGAUAGGGGGAGGCAAGAGUUCAGACAUGCUGGACAUUUCCCUUGGAAGUCACCAGAACAUGCUUCUGCAUGAUGUCAACAUCAAUAGUCAGCUUCCUGGAAGACUAGGGAAAGACCCAAAAGACUCCACACACAGAAAAGGACGGCGGGCAAAUGGGGAGGGAACAGAGGGCAGAGGCAGAAGGAAGCGGGGAGAUUCCACAAAGUCAAUGAUGCUGGAUGGGGAGGGAGGACCUCUUUCUCCCAGCUCCAAGCCGCACAUAUGUGAACACUGCAACGCUGCCUUCCGCAGCUCCUACCACCUGCGCAGACAUGUGCUCAUCCACACAGGUGAGAGGCCUUUUAGGUGCAGUCAGUGUAAUAUGAGCUUCAUCCAGAAGUACCUGCUGCAGCGGCACGAAAAGAUCCAUAGUGGAGAAAAGCCAUUCAGCUGUGACCAGUGUAACAUGCGCUUCAUUCAGAAAUACCAUAUGGAGCGACACAAGAGGACACACAGUGGAGAAAAGCCAUAUAAAUGUGAUACUUGCCAACAGUAUUUCUCUCGUACUGAUCGUUUACUGAAGCACAAGAGAACCUGUGGAGAAGCCAUAAAGAAGGGUCUGGACCCAGGAAUGCUAGACCUCGAUGAUGAAGACCUGGGACAAGGCAGCUACCUACACACUCAGGGAAAUACUAGUGCACCACCACGCAAGAGAGGCAGAUCCAAGAACAGUGGGGAGGGUGGAGAGCGGCGGAGGAAAAAGACAGCUCCAGGGGCAAGCCAAAUGAUCGGCAUGCAAGACUACGCCAUAGACAUGGCUGCUGGAUCUGGGGCAUCCUCUUCAGGGGUGGGAAACAUGGCAGACACCAGCAUGGCAAACCAGCAUGUUCGCACUCCCAAGCUUGCCUAUAAAAAAGGUGGACGCAAGGGUGGGGACAAGAGCCUGCUCUCAAUGGGUGAGGCUGGCUCAAGCUCAGCUCUACAAGAGCAGAAACUGUUACCUCCUAAAUCCAAUCCAAUGGAUCUGCCUGUUGCAGGCGGGAUGGAUGGUCUGGGCCUCCUCCAGAGUCCGUCAGAUUCAAAGCAAAAUGUCAUAAGCAGCAACUACGACGAUGCCAUGCAGUUUCUGAAGAAAAGGAGAUACUUGCAUGCAGCGAACAAUGGUGGUGGUGAGUACGGCUCGGUCCACCUUCCCCCUCAGCAGACGGUUAUCCAGGGCGGUAUUGGCGAACCCACACUGGCAUUACUGGACACUUCACCUCUCGUCAGUGUUGACAAGCACGAUAAGUCAGGUAUCCCAGACGAGGUACUGCAGAGCCUACUGGAUCACUACUCCCAUAAAAGUGAUGUGACUUUUGACCUCUCAGAACCACACCAUGUGGAGUUGCAUGCUACUUCAGCAACACCUGAGCUUGGGGCAGAUGAAAGCUCUUCAAACGGCUCAGCCGACAAAAAUGGCGUCAUGAAUGAGUAUUCAAAGUUCCUGCUGCAGACACUGGAGAGGACAAGCCAUGGCAGUAGUGGCAUCUUUACAUUCUUCCCGGAGAAACACAUGUAUGCUACGUCUCCUCUGGAGUGUACCUUCAGCCAGUCUGUCUCUUCCCCCCAUGGUCCUUCAUCUGUCUCUGUGCUACCAAAGCCCCACUUCAGCAUGCUGGUGGGUUCCCAGUCUCCUGCUCACAACUCUCCUUCCUCCCAGCAGGCCUUUCACCUGAGUGCCCUAGAGCCCUCUGCCCACCAGCAGCUAACGCCAUCUCAAGAGCUCACUGAACAGUUGGAUACCCAGGAACUUGAUAACGGUAGAGGGCAGAAGGAGCAGCAGGUGAAGAACGGUAACGGCACCAGUGCAAACACCACCAGCAGCGGCUCCACUUCUGUCUACUCCCUAUCUUCCCCUCCUGAUCUGACGGCCCUGGAACCAUCCAAGGAGGUGGACAUGCGCCCCACAUUUCAGAUCGAGAACUUCGCUCAGGCAUUCGGGUCCCAGUUCAAAUCCGAGCGCCGGACCCCAUUGGCGUACAGCUCUGACCCCCAGAUCGUUGUUGUCGAGGUUGACCCCCGAAUAUCGCGAACUCCCGUGUCGGAAUUCUCAGGGUAUACCAGUCUGUUAGCUGAAGUAAAUGAGCCAGCUAGCUCAGGAACCAAAACCCCCACGAGCCAAAGCUACAGGUAAAGGUUUUGGUAGCCAACCUAACCCUGCAGUUUGGGACAAGGACGUUCCCCAAUGCCCUCAACCCCAAUUCCCUCUUUUUUAAAGCAAGAUAAAAUAUUAAUUAUUACACUGCCAUUAAUUGUUAAUACUCUACCAGGGAAGGUCUAUCUGACCUCAAAUGCAAUUUUUUUUAUAUUCUUCUUUUUUUUAAAUAUGUAUUUUAGUUCCUUGUUUUAUUAGUGUAGCCAUUUCUGUGAUUAGAGGGUAGGUAAUGACUGGCUUGACUUUUCAUAAACCCUGUGUUUUAGCAAUCAGGAUAGAAUUGUAAAAUAGAUGAAGAUGAUCUAUAGUAAUAACUAUUGUCAGGGUGUGGCCCAGUAUUCAGUGGCAGAAAAUGUCAGCCUAUUGUCUGUUACAAUAAUUGAAAGUAUUACUCAGGAAAAAGCAUUUUUUUAAAACAAUUUGUGCAACUAGCACUGCUUUUUUUUUUUAAACAAGUAUAGUUUAAAACUACAGUGAAUCUUGUUUUCUGAAAUUCCUUGAGGAAGAAAAAAAUCUAAUCCACACUCAGCCUACCUGUUCAGCUGAUCACACUGGUCAAUCUUUCCACUACUUGUACAUAUGCAGAGAUUAUGGUACUUUGUCAAUGUGAAAACACUGCUUACUUUAAUCACUAAAGGACAAACCUAAGACAUGGUUGCGAACCUAAAUGCACCCUCACAGUCCCAUGUGAAUGCUUAUGGAUGUCUGUGCGUGUUAAGUGGCGUCUUCACAGCUACUGUAAUAUGGCCUCAGGGUUUGUCCUACGCAGGCUGAUUUAUACUUCUGCAUCUGCGAAUGUGUGUAAGUGUCCUACAAAACCUUUCACUUACAUGACUGCUACUACAGUAGAGGGCAGUGUUGCAUGUAGCAAUCCAGAAUGUUCUGAACUCCAAUCAAAGAGGAGUCUCACACUUCACUGAUGGAUUGAUUUUAAACUUUUAUUUACACUUCUAACAAAGAGCUUUAAUGUCAUGUCUCUUCCGCAAUUCAGUCCUUAAUCUGCUCCAUUUUGCGCACGUGUUAGUUCUGGGCUGUGUGUAGAGCUCUUUGGGUCUCAUCGCAUCCCUGACAUUAGAAUAUACACUUUCCUGCCCAAACAAUCAGUGUCAUGAGCAACAGAUUGUCAUGAGGCAUAACAGUGUUUGUGUGGAUUCCCCCUCAAGCUCCACUUACCCGUAACCUAUUUCGCCUUGUCUUAAUGCUUUGCAGAAAUAUAAAUCAGCCAUUAAUUAUACCCAGUUUUUAAAUGUCGGCUCUCAUCCCUUUUAUUUCUCAAGGAAUCAUAUUAGCACUUUUACCACUGAAGACAAAAACUGUUGGAUUACAAAUACAUACAUGCUUUUGUUCAGAGGAAAGCUGUGAUUUUUUUUUUUUUUUUUUUUUUUUUUUAAAAAAUAAAGAAAAUGGGUGUUUAUUGCUAGUGGCAUUUUUUUUUAAUAUAUAGUGGGAUGUGAGGGUUAUUUGCAUGAUUUGUUUUAGUAAUGCUGUCGACAUGGAUGCCAUACCAAUUUUUGUGCUGUGGAGCCUUGUGUGUAAGUACAAGGCCUCUUUGUAUUCAAAGUGUAUUUAAGUAUUAAGUUGAUUAUGCUUUUGAGUGAAUAGCUGCAUUUGGAAUUCUACCUCUCAAAUUACAAAUUUGAUGCCUAAUGGACAAAAAUGCAAACUUCCCUUUCAAGGUCUUGCUUGGAGAACCAUCCAAGAUAUGGACUUUUAAUCUCAUGCAAAUCUGAAUUUAUGGACCUGAACCUGUUUAAUUUUAAUACUUUUUUUUGUUUUGUUUUGUUAUUAGCCAUGAAAUCAGGAGUCAAACAGCCCGAGGAGACUUGUGAAUCUGUUCCCCAUUUCCUUUUCCCACCCACAAAUGCAAUCCUUGCUGUGCCCGUGAACGGAGCAGGAAGACCCCUGUGUCUUCCUUCCAUGUCUCCUGCUCCUAUCCAGCAUGAACGGGACCCAGCUAUUGGCCUCAGUCCCUUAUCAGAGAACUGCUGAUCCUGCACUAGUCUCUGGGCUCAAAACUGAAAUGCUGCACUCCAAACUUGUCCCAUACUUUUAAAAAAAAAAAAAAAAAAAAAAAAAGGAAAAAAGUGGCAAAAAGAACACAAUUGACCUUAAUAUACCUCAUAUCACUGUAUACACGACAAAACCAGGGACGUGUUUCAUGUAGCCUAUAUAGUGGUAAUAUUGUAGUGUACAUCAGCCAUAUUGUAGAACCUUAUAAUGCCAUCUGUGUUUACGAUUCUCAUUCAUGUUGGUCUGUUGAACUACUUUUUUUUUGUGUGUGUGUCUGUUAAGCAAUUUUGCCAAGCAGUGUUUCCGUGUAGAUCUCUUUCCCCUUUAGGAUUUCUUGAAUUUGUUUCAUGUUCUUCUCUCUCCCCCCCCGUUUUGUUACUUGCCAUGUGUUUUGAUAUGAUCUUUAGAAAGAUUUUGUUUACAGUUAUGUACAAAACACUAAAAAUGUGUUUUCUUUCCCAUUUGAUUUUGUUGUCUGAUGCAUGAUAUGAAGUUUUUUUGUAUGGCUUUUUUCUGAUCACAAUUGCACCAAAUUUGUUUUGUAGCAGAUUUGUCCUCAUCUUCAAACUUUUCUUUUUGUGACUCUACAGGGCUGAACAUGUCAGAUGACUUUAUAUAUGAUUAGAUAAGCCAAUAAAACCUUUUGUUAUGAAA